AUACCGAUAAGAGUACUUUGGAUUUAGGUGUAAAACAAAAAUGCCAAGCAGAAGCUAAAAAGCUCGCUGUAUAAAAAGCAAACCAGCCCGAGGCAAAGAAUACACAUACAUUAUAAUAGCACUCCGUAAUAGUUUUAAAACGUACGAAAUAUUUUUCAUUCAAAGUUUUUUUUUUUUUUUUUUUUUUUUUUUUUUUUUUUUGUUUUUAAUCUCACUCUCUUCGGGGUAACUUGCGAGGCGCAGUGCACGUGUUGAAUCAAUUGGUGCUACAGCUUUGCAAUUUGCCGUAAGUCCCCGCAAUUGUUUUUAUAUAAUUUAAAUAUUGAGUAUUUAAUACUUUAUGUUGUCCUACUUUUUAUUAAGAAAUUACUAUCUCCAUUUCUUAUUAUGUGCAAUAAAGGGUAUUAUUUGUGACAUAUAAAAUAUUCCUUUGUUACACAUAAUAAGAAAUAGAGGUAGUAUUAUGAAUGUAAAACAAGCUUUCAAUUUAUUAUGCUUUGUUUUACUUUUUUUUAUAUUGUAUAAUUUAGUUUUCCCCGUAUAUAUUAUACUCCCUAUAAUUGAUGAAAAAUCGCUCUUAUAUCCCUUAUAAGGUAAUUAUUCACAAAAAGUCCAAAAUAUUAACCUCAUUAUAAUGUCUUUUUUAUUUUAUUUUUAUUUUUUUAAUGUACUCCUUACAGUGUUUUAGAUUGAAGUCCAUUUAUUUUUCUAAAAACACAAACUUUUAAAAAAAACGGAUGUAAUUAUUGUACAUUCAUUAUAAAUAUAGGCCAAAGUGAUCAAAAGUUCCCCCUGAAAUGAAUAAAAGUUAUCCCAAUAUACAUAAAAGUAACCCAAUACAAAUAAAAAUUAUCUACGUUUUAUUAGUAAUAAAGAAUCACAUUUUAAAUGACUAAAAAUCUAUUAUUAGUUAUUGAAUGUAAUUAAAUUAUCAUUAUAAAACUUUUCUUGUUGUCUAUGUAUAUAAAAAUUGUAUGAGGUUUAAAGUUACUCAAAAAAAGGCAAAAAAUUACCCCUGCUCGAUGUAUAGUAAUAUUAGUGUAAAUCGAGUGUAUACAAAAGUUUAUAUACAAAUUAAAGUGUAGCAUUUAAAAAAUAGAGGGAGUACUUUUAAUUAUAGAUGUAAAGCAAUAAUGUCAAGCAGAAGCUGAAAAGCUAUAUAAAAACUAAAACAGUACAAGGCAAAGAUCUACUCGUACAUUUUACUAACAGUUUUAAAACGUACGAAAUAUUUUUCAUUCAAAGUUUAUUUUUUUUCCACUCUCUUCGGGGUACCUUGCGAGGCACAGUGUACGUGUUGAAUCCAAUUGUUGCUACAGAUUUGCAAGAGCCAGACACAGCGUACUGCAUAUUAUUUUUAUAUUCCUUUGUACUAUUUCGCGUUAAGGACGGAUUUCUGCCUUUAGUGUGGGCCAUAUAACGUGGCAAUUAAAGCCGUUAACAACAAACCCAAACGAAAAACAGAAUAUUUUAAAAAAUUUGACCCUCUACCUUGGAACGACAUUGCUAUAAUCAUUUAGAUCUGUUGGGCGAUCCUUGUGGGCUCGGAAGAUGAAAUAAGCGAAGGUUUGUCGAGCAAGUCAAAUUACCUGCUUACUCGUAAUUCCUGAUGGAAAACAACACUCUACAAAAUGAAAUAACAGAGCAAGAUGAAAAUAACGGGGUGCUAUUAACUUCAAUGCGUAAGGAGCUGGACUCCUUGAAUGUUUCCUUUAACGAGAAUUGGUGCAUUUAUAAAGUUCCUGAAUUCAUCUUGAAGGGGCAUGAAUAUUUUUAUCAGCCUUUAGUGAUGUCAAUUGGUCCCGUAUUCUAUAAAGAUCCAAAACUAGAACCCAUGCAAGCGGUUAAAUGGAUUUACUUGGAUAGCUUCCUUCAACAUCCCAGCAAUAAUGCUCGUCACAGCUUGAAUCCUUAUAUUGAAUAUUUUAACGACGAGUUUGUUAAAAUGAUAGUUCUUGAUGCUGCAUUCCUGGUCUACUUAUUCUUGAGUACAACUUUGCCGCUCUCGUUUUAUGUACCUUUAGUUGGGAAUAAUUUAAGAGCAAAAAUGAUUUAUGUGAAACGGGAUUUAUUUCGGUUGGAAAACCAAAUUCCAUAUUUUGUUCUCAAGGAAUUCUUUGAUAUAGCAUUUGGUAACACCUGCACACCUAAUCCUCUUAUUAUUGUUACUAUUGUAUUCAUAUUUAGUGUUGGUAUUAAAAUCCCUGGAGAAAAGGCCAUUAUUAGUAUUAUUGAAGAUGAUAAAAUUGAACAUUUGUUGGAUCUCCGAAGGAUGUGUUGUUGCCUUUCUUUGAGCACACCAUUGCGCAACCAACCAAAUACAAAUCCAACGACCGAUUCAGAUUCAUACAUACACAAGCUGCUGUCUUUGAUCUAUCCGUCAUCAUUAAGUAAUAGGCUGCAUAAGCGUCAUCUCAAGACGAAAACUAAUGAUUAUCAUUCUACUGGUCGUCUUUGUUACACUGCCAAACAACUAUUUGACGCAGGAGUCACAUUUAUGGCAGGUGAAACUGACAAUCCACUUGAUAUAACAUUUGAUAACGGAAAACUCACGAUUUCGAAAUUAAUAAUACAAGAUUCCACAGAAUCUUCCCUACGGAACUUGGUUUAUUUUGAACAGUGCCAUUAUUUGGAAGAUACUUACUUCAGUGAUUAUAUUAUCUUCCUUGAUCAACUGAUAGACACCAUGGAAGACGUGCAAGUGUUAGUUAAAUAUAAAAUUGUGUGUAAUCAUCUAGGAAGUGAUGAUGAUGCUGUAAAGCUUUUCAACAAUAUUACCAAAAAUGUGAUUGAAAGACGCAACAAUAAUUACUUUGAUGUCGGUGAUGCUCUGAAUCGCUACGCUUCAACCCGUCGGAAUCGAUGGAUGGCUAUUUUGAGGAGCAAAUACUUCAAUCAUCCAUGGACAAUCAUGUCAGUGAUCGCUGCAAUCAUACUUUUUGUGCUUACUCUUUUAUAGACUAUUGCAGCUUUCAUCUACAAGUAGUCCAACUACCAAUGCUGAAUGUUUUGAAGAUUCUUGCCGUUGUUGCCAUGUCAGCUACUGCUAUGAAAUCAGAGACUUGAAUCAUAUUCACGGAGUUGAUUUUUUUUUUGUGUUUUAUUUCUUUUCAAGAUGCAACCUAGCUAGCUACUUUAUGUAAAUUUUAUAUUAGAUCGUAAUUGUAAUAACUUAAUGUUGUAUUUUGUUGUUGAUAAUAUAAUAAUCCAUUAAUGCAAUGUUAUAUGCCUUCAAUUUCGAGAUUAGUGA